GCUAAGAGCCUAAGCUCUGCUGGGCUGGGUACCCCACUGCUGGCCAAGACAGGGAAGAAACCCUUUAUUGGAAGCUCCCAGGGUAGCACAAGGCCAUUGCAGCCAGCCCUGCCUUUGGGUCCCAAGGAUCCAUGCUACCCGGAUGUUCUGAGCACUGCCUGUGAAUGACUGUAGGCCUUAAAUCCCUUCCCAGGCCUUCUGGUCCCACAAGCCUGCAUCCCCUGCUGUGAGAUGGGCUCAGUUCCUGAUCUUGUCCCAGACAGAAAGCAUAACACACACUUGCCAGGGAGAGUCUUUGCCUGACUUGGGGCCACUGGGAUUGAUUACAGUGGAAGGUGGCCAGCUCAGGAGAUGCAGAGCACAGCCAAUUACCUGUGGCACACAGAUGACCUGCUAGGGCAGGGAGCCACUGCCAGUGUGUACAAGGCCCGCAACAAGAAAUCUGGGGAACUGGUUGCUGUAAAGGUCUUCAACUCGGCUAGUUACCUGCGGCCCCUAGAGGUGCAGGUGAGGGAGUUUGAGGUCCUACGAAAGCUGAACCACGAAAACAUUGUCAAGCUCUUUGCAGUGGAGGAGACGGGCGGCAGCCGGCAGAAGGUCCUGGUGAUGGAGUACUGCUCCAGUGGAAGCCUGCUGAGUGUUCUGGAGAGCCCCGAGAAUGCCUUCGGGCUUCACGAAGAAGAGUUCCUAGUGGUACUGCGUUGUGUGGUGGCUGGCAUGAACCACCUGCGGGAGAAUGGCAUUGUCCAUCGUGACAUCAAGCCAGGGAAUGUCAUGCGCCUCAUGGGAGAGGAGGGGCAGAGCAUCUACAAGCUGUCUGACUUUGGGGCUGCCCGGGAGCUGGACGACGAUGAGAAGUUUGUCUCUGUCUAUGGGACAGAGGAGUACCUGCACCCUGACAUGUAUGAGAGAGCAGUGCUUCGCAAGCCCCAGAAGAAGGCGUUUGGAGUGGCUGUGGAUCUCUGGAGCAUUGGGGUGACCUUGUACCAUGCAGCCACUGGUAGCCUGCCCUUCGUCCCCUUUGGUGGGCCACGACGCAACAAGGAAAUCAUGUACCAAAUCAUCACAGAGAAGCCAGCUGGGGCCAUUUCAGGUAUUCAGAGACGAGAAAAUGGGCCCCUGGAAUGGAGUUAUGGCCUCCCUAUCACCUGCCGACUGUCCAUGGGGCUGCAGAGCCAGCUGGUGCCCAUCCUGGCCAAUAUCCUGGAGGCUGAGCAGGACAAGUGCUGGGGCUUUGACCAGUUCUUUGCGGAGACCAGUGACAUCCUGCAGCGAGUUGUCAUCCACGUCUUCUCCCUGUCGCAGGCGGUCCUGCACCACGUGUACAUCCAUGCACACAACACGAUUGCCAUCUUUUUGGAGGCUGUGUAUGAGCAGACCAGCGUGCCCCCCCAGCACCAGGAGUACCUUUCUGAGGGUCAUCUCUGUGUCCUUGAGCCCAGCCUCUCAGCACAGCACAUCCCCCACACUACUGCCAGUAGCCCUCUGAGCCUGUUCAGCACAGCCAUCAAGACACCCAAGGGGCUGACCUUCAGGGACCCUGCGCUGGACAUCCCAAAGUUCGUCCCUAACGUAGACCUACAAGCAGAUUACAACACCGUUAAGGGGGUGCUGGGUGCCGGUUACCAGGCCCUGUGGCUGACGAGGGCGCUCCUAGAUGGGCAGGAGCUGAUGCUUCGGGGGCUGCACUGGGUCCAGGAAGGGCUCCAGAACACAUGUCGGAGGACUCUGGAGGUCGUGAGAACGGCCCUUCUCUUCCUCAGCAGCAGCCUGGGCACUGAAAGGCUCAGUGGCGGGGCGGAAAAGUCUGAGCUCCAGGAACUGAAGAGGGCAGCAGAGCUGAGGUCCAGGCUGCGGACUUUCGCUGAGGUUCUCUCUAGAUGCUCCCACACCAUCACGGAGACCCAGCUGAGCCUGAGUCGCCUGAGCUCCGAGCUGGCCAGGAGCCGGGACCUGGUACACAAAGACAGAAGCAUCCAGCAGAUUCAGUGUUGUUUGGACAAGAUGUAUCUCAUCUACAAACAGUUCAAGAAGUCUAGGAUGAGGCCAGGACUCAGCUACAAUGAGAAGCAGAUCCACAAGCUGGAUAAGGUGAAUUUUAGUCACUUGGCCAAGAGACUGCUGCAAGUUUUCCAGGAGGGGUGUGUGCAGAGGUAUCAGGCGUCCCUGGUCACACAUGGCAAGCAGAUGAGGGAGGUGCAGACAACCAGGAGCCACCUGCGCCUCCUCAGCUGUUCUGUGGCCGCCUAUAACACAGAAGCCCAGGCAGCCCAAGAGGGCCUGAGCAAGAUCCUGGACCAGCUCCUCCAGGACAGAUCACAGGGGGCUCAGGCCUUGCCUCAACCCAUGGCUCCUCAUCCUAGCCCUGCCCCAGAGGACCUGGUGCUCCACAUGCAGGAGCUUUGUGAUGACAUGAAGCUGCUGGCCUUUGACCUCCAGGACAAUAAUCGUCUCAUUGAACAGUUAAGACGAGUGCCAUCAGCACCUGAUGUCUGAGCUCUACCAGGGUGUCCCAGACAUGCAGACACAUUCUAAUCAUACUGCUGUGCAUUGUGGACCCACCCAGGGUGAGCUCGGCUUCCAUCUCAUCAGCCUGCCUCCCUCCCUGCCACUGGCCAGAAAAACCAGCAUCACUUCCACCACCUGUGACCCUGGGAAGCCGCAUGGCUGUGAUAAGGGCUUCGGGCAGUCUCUAGCACUACCUACCACAGAAGGGCAGGUAGGGCUGGCCUUCGAUCUUAUCCAGGCUCUAGGACUGCUCCUCCUUGCCCAGGCCUGGAGAUCUGAGCUGGCUGGGCUGAGGGGAGAAGAGGCUCUGGCCAGCUCUUUCCACUCCUCUCACCUCCUAGGAAUCAGCCGCAGAGGCUCUUUGAAGUGCUGUCCUUCUUCCUAAGAAACCUUUAAAGUUGAACACAGCCCUUUCACACUGUGCUUCCUGAAUGUCCCAGGCUUAGACCAGAGGCCACCAAGAACCUAUUGGCCUUCUGCUUUGGGUGUGGAUGGACCUGAUGUGGAGCAAAUGGAUCCUUGAGGCCAGCUACCAGGGUUUUGGGAACCCUUCCUUUAGCCUCACGCCCUCAGGCACCCUGUGGUCUUAGAAUGCAGCUGGUCAGUGUCAACAGGUAGCCAUGGCAACUGGCACAGACCUGGAAACCCAGACCCCUGUGAGAAGAGGCCUGCGCCUUCAAGAAAUGGAAUAAACACACCUCCUUUUCUGUU